CCAUUCAGCGGCACCGUAGCGGGUUUUUAUUAACGGGUACUUUGGAGAUUUGCCGAAAGUUGCCACUUUUGAGCCUCUUUCUGGCAUUGCAGCGUUGCCCACAUCGGGGAGAUGUGGGUUCGCCGGGUCACGAGCCAAAGUACCCACUAAUGGAAUGCCCGUCAGAGGGGCGCUGAGCCAUGAUUUCAGGGGAUGUCAGGGCAGCGGCGCCAGCCCGUGACCGCAUCGGCCCGAGCGCCGCCAGGGGGCGGCCCGCGGGGAGCUCGGCCGCAACAGGGCCGCCGCCGCGGCACCGCCCGCAGCGCGGCACGGGCUCCGCCCGCGAUAGCUGGUGCCGCGCGAGAGCUGUGCGCGGUAGCGCCGCCGCCGCGGCGAUGGCCUCGCCGGGCCGCCGCGUGGCCGGUGUCACCGCCCAGAUAGAGGCGAAGAUCAGUCGGCAGGCCAGCAGCAGCAGCGACAUCGCGGCGCCUGGGCGGCCGCGAGGACGCGGGCUCGAGGCCGGCGGCGGCGGCACCGCCGGCGAGGCACGGACGCCGUCGCGGCGGACCGCGAGCGCUGGCCAGGUGGACGGGGCCACCGCCGUGGCGUUGGAGGCAGAGCCCUUUCCGCGGCGGACCAUCAGCAUGGGUGGGACGGACAUGUGCCCCGACGCCGCCCUGGGAGCCGCGCGGCAGAGGCACGCGGCCUGCCUGGAUGCCCUCAAACGCCGGCAGGCGGGCUCGAGGAAGCAGAUGGAGCAGUUCCUGCGCUCUCAGACGGAGGCCGUGCAGACUCUGCGGCAGGCCAAGCUGGACAGCGGUGGCUCGGGCGCUUCGACCCCCACCUCGGGCAUGCGGCGCGGCCUGACGGAGUCGUCCCUUGCGCUGGCCAUGCCGGACCAGCUGUCGCGCAAGUCGAGCUGGGCGCAGCUCCACGAGGGAGACUCGAUGUUCGUCGCCAUGAGCGGGCUGGCCGAGCUCCAGCACGAGAUGGCGCAGGAGGUCUCAGAGCUGCGUCGGGCAGUGGUGGUGCAGGCCUCGCAGAUGCAGCGCCUGGCAGCCGUGGCCGAGGUGCCCGAGGGCGUCUGCCGUGGCAGGGUGCGCUUCUUGGCGGCUUUCCUGCUGGGGCUGACGGUCCCCUGGCUCGCCGGAGUCUGGAGCGGCAGGGGUGGCCUCAGGCUACGCACGCGCACGCGGAGCGACGGCAGCGGCUACAAGGACGACGGCGAUGGAGCUGCGCCCGUUGCGGCAACAAGUACGAGGAUCGCUACGAGGAUUCGGAGAAGAAGAAGAAGAAGAAGAAACGGCACAAGCAUAAACCUUGGGAGAAUUCUGCGCGGAGUUCUUGGAUCUGCGCCGGACCCCCCUGGGCGGCGCCCUGCGACGCCGCCCCUGGCUUGCUCCGCGCGCCAGGAAAUCUGCAGGCACCUCCAAAGCCUUAUGUUUGUGUCUUUUCUUGCUCCGAGGAAGUGGGCCUUCAAGGCCCAGCUCGGCGCUGCCCAUGCGUCUCUUGCCAGGACAAAAAUGCCGUGCCCCGUGGCCCUGAUCCGAUCGGCAUUUCUCCGUGGCCCUGGGGGAAGGCGCCGCGCAGCUGCGACAGACCCAGGCUGUGGGCGAGCUGCGUGAUGUGCAUACCGCGCGGGGGCGCGCCUCACAGCCGCCGCCCAUUGUAAGGGCGAGGGCGCGCUUGCAUCCUCGCCUCGUCUGCCCAUGCUCGUCCAACUUCGCGGGCCGCUCAUGGAAGGCACGCGAGGGGCGCCAGGGGGUGGGGGCGCGGCUCCGACACGCCCGCGUGCAGCCAGAGACGCCAGAGGGCAUUGCACUCCUGCCUGGCAUCCUCACAGUGCGCGGCGACUGCACCGCCCUCUCUCUCUCUGGCCCCUCCAUCCUCCCGCUUGGCGGAGGAGGCAGGACCUAGGCCUGCCGGCCCUCCUCUGGGCCCCAGCAGCGCUGGAGCGCUGGACACGAGCCGCUGCAGAGUCGACUGCGCGUACGAGUGACCAUUCGAUCACUUCUGCAUGUAGGCGAGAGAGGCACCAGACAGGCUGCGCUUGUUGGACUCAGGGGCCGUCUCCGUUCGCAGGGGGCGAGGGCCAUCGCGCCCGAGCCGUGUCAGGGCAGCCCCGGUCGCGGACCUUCGGGCUUGUCCCCCACGAUCUCUGAAUUCGGGGCAGCGUCUUUUUUGAAAAACGCGGUGCAGCACAGACCAUCCGCACGGAUUGCGAGCGUGGCUAGAAACAG